AACAGUGACCCUCUUUCAAAGAUCGGCAUUGCGCCCCUUUCUGUGCCUCCGACCUCUUCCAUUUCCAUCCUAGCCCCAGUCACUUCUUCUUCUUCUUCAUUUCCAGUUGCGCUGAGUGCGAACCCCUCCCCGCACUUGACCCCUGCCGCGCGUGCCUACAUAGCACUUUCCUGACCUCAGCCUCAUCACUUCUUGUGCUGUUGUUAGGCUUCGAGUCGCUUCCUGCUUCUGUCAUCUCUUUGUUUUCAACAAAACUGUCUCGGGUCCCCCCUCCCUCCCCAAUCGCCUCUCGUCCCGAGUGCGCUUUUUCUUCCAUCCCGUCUCGUCUUCGGGCAAGCAACACAUCGCCGCCGCCGCCGCCACCAUCCGUUAUCAUGGCUGCAACAUUUCGUCCCGUCAACACGCCUCUGUUGUCGCCCUCGGCCGACUCGCCAAUGGUGGACUCGACGACAAUAACGUCACCAACCACUCCCAGACCCAGCACCGCCCCGAGUCAGUCGUCGUCAUCCCGACCUUUGGACGACAACACCAACAACAACAACCCUGCGACGACAACGCCCAACCGCACACCCAACUUUGGUGCCGGCGCACUGGCUUCGCAACAGCCGCUUCCCACAUCGCCCUUUCCCGACUCUGUUCAGCUCCCCGACAUCACGGACCGCAGCAACAGCAUGCCUAGGCGAGAAAAUUCGCAGCACUCACGCAAGUCCAAGGACUCGGACGACAUGGAUAUGGAUGACUCGGAAGGCGAGGGAGCGGGCGAAGACGGCCACGCAUCGGACGAUGAGGAGAUCAACGCGGAUGGCACAAAGUCGAAAAAGAAAAAGUCGCAGAGGUUUUAUUGCACAGACUAUCCGCCAUGUAACCUCAGUUUCACGAGAAGUGAACACCUGGCACGACACAUAAGGAAACACACUGGUGAAAGGCCGUUUCAGUGCCACUGCGGUCGCCGCUUCUCCCGCCUCGACAACCUCAGGCAGCAUGCCCAAACCGUGCACGUCAACGAAGAGAUUCCAGGUGACUCGCUCGCCGCGACCGGGACAAGGUUUCAGAGGCAGAUCAGGACAGACAGAGUGCGCCAAGCGGGUGGCAGGGCAAGGGCGGCAACCGCGGGUAGCGUUAUGCCCGUCGUGCGUGGUCAUUCCAAGUCCAUGUCCACGUCAAGCAUUCCCAACAUCAGCCAGCUAGGUGCUCCGUAUGGUGCCAGCGAUGCCCGUCGCCGGCCUCCGCCAUUGGUCAUGGCUGACCCUCGCUCGAGGCUAUCGAUGGAAUACCAUGGUCCCGAUGGCGCCUAUCAUAGGGGUGCUUCACCGAGCGACUUUGGCACUCCCACCUCUGCCACCUUCUCGACCGGACAGAACAGCCCCCGAUGGGUGCCCGGUAUGGUAUCACCAAACUCUUCACACUCGCGCUCGCACAGUAUGUAUGUCGCCGGGGCUAGGACACCUGGCCGUCGUCUGAGCGUGCCUUCGGGCGGCAAUCCGUUUCAGUCACCGCACGGCGCCAAUGUUCGGGGUCCCCUCUUUGGCCCUCCCGGUAUCAACACGUCCAACAACGGUGCUUUCUCGCCAAGUCAGAGCACCCUGCUAGCAUCGCCCACAGUGUCGAACGCGAGCGGCUGGUCGAGGCGGGAUUCUCUCUCGAGCUUGGCCGACGAUGCCUGGCGUCGGCGCACCUGGCAUCCGGAGAGUCGUGAAUUCAAUAACGGCAUCAGCCGGCUGCGCGAAGUCAUCACGCCUUCGCAGUUCCCCCAUGCUCCUCCCCCGAUUGCUAACCCAGCCAACCAAUCGCCACAGCCCUUCCGUUUGCCUGGCAUAGAGUCCUUUGACCUUGACGAGCCCCAUCGGCCGCUGUCGCCUCCCCGCCGUUUGCCGUCACCGAUGAUGGUCGAUGCUCCCCGGUCUGCUCAGCACCAGCCCCCUCAUCCGAACGAGAUGGGCUUCAACCGCCCCCGCGAACUGUCGGCCCAAUGGGAUACGAACCUCCACCGCGGCCUGACAGGGCUCAAUAUUAACACGCAGACCCCGCCUCGCGAUGGGGCUUCAGCAUGGGCAAACGAGGUCAAUCAUUCUGUCAUGUCGCAGGCAGAUCGGGUCCGGGCUCCUCAGGGACAACAGCAGACUGUGCGGUUCGACACGGAAGUGCAUACCGUUCUUGCCCCUCUGUCUCACCAGCAUCAACAUCAACAGCCAAGUGGACCACCACCACCACCCUACGGAAGGGGUCACCACCAUACCAUGUCCGCUCCGGUGAUUCCUUCCCAAAGAGAUCCCAAGAGACACGGUUGGUAUCACGGACCGAACGGGCCGGCCGGAGAGACGAUCCACGAGGGACGGGCGCACGUGGACAGGAUCAUGCAUCCAAAUGUGGCCGCGUUUCAGGGGUUUCCUGCUAGGGAGCGGGAACAACCACCGCAGCAGCAGCAAGCGCCACAGUCAACUGGACUGCAACAACAUCAUCACCAGGGUUAUCAGCAGCAGCAGCAGCAUCAGCACCAAGGGCCACCGGUAGGACAUCAGCAACAGCAAGGAGGAGUGCCACCAACGAUGGAGAGGAUUCUGGAGAGGCCGCAUCCAAACGCGCACGGGCACCCCGUGCAUGCUCAUCCGCAUCAACAUCAGCACGGUCCUCCAACUGGCGGGGAUACGGCAUCGCUUAGGAGGCUGGAGGCGUUGGUGGCUGUGGCUGUGGGUUCGAGUGAGGGGACUACGGCUGCUGCUUAUUAGGGUGGGCAGGGGCAGUCACGGGCGCAUGAUUAUACAGUUGCACGCAUCGCACCCAUAAGACUUCCAGGAAGUCAAGUACGGAAGGAAGAAGAGGAAAAUACUCAGCAAGGAA